UCACAAGAGAAGUUGGACGCGUUGUACGUUGAGCUGGAGCGGCAAAACAGAGACGAGAUAAAAUGGAAACAUCAGAAACAAGAUGGAAAGGAUAAUCUCGGCGAAGCUGAGGCGAUUAUCAGACGGAAUUUGAUGAAUAUUAUGGAAAGGUACGGGUUGUUGGGUGCUGGGGAGGAAGGCCAGGAUCAUAUUGAGACGAAUCGGGCACACGACUCGUCGUUCAAGAAAGACGAGAGGCUAGAGAAAUUGUGGGAACACGCCAAAAAUGAAGAGGAAAUGAACAUGAAGCGUAGAGAAGUGGACAGCAGCUACCGUCGGUUAAAAAAGAAAGUUUUGUCUGGAGCUCCCAAUGAAGAAUUUCAAGACCAUCGCGUCAGAGAUUUGUGGAAAGGAGCUCAGGUUCAAGGGUACUCGGAGGAAGAGCUUGACAUCAUGAAAGAAGAAUUACGGCACUUUGAUAACAGGAUAGCCAAGCAUGAUGACCUUCAAGAACAGCUUGAUGUUGCAGAGGAUAUGCUUAACAAUGGCCAUGAUCACAUUAAACCCAAGUUUGAAAAGUUGACUGAAAAAGUGAACGAACACAGAAAAUAUAUAAAGAAGUUACACACAACACUGGAGAAGAGAAUAGGACCUCGUAAUGAGUUGUGAUUGAAAUUACUUUCAAGAAGUGAUGGUCAGAUACUAAAGUAUGGUGUAUGCAUACCAUAUGGUAUAUGGAUUAAAUUCUUGUGAGUGUAAUGCUUGGAAGAUGGUUGAAUUUGAUGAAUAUUAUGGAAAGGUACGGGUUGUUGGGUGCUGGGGAGGAAGGCCAGGAUCAUAUUGAGACGAAUCGGGCACACGACUCGUCGUUCAAGAAAGACGGGAGGCUAGAGAAAUUGUGGGAACACGCCAAAAAUGAAGCAGGAAAACCGACAUUCCACGUCUUCAAGCGGUUGGCACAAGCGUAGAUAUGAUCGUCACUCGCGGCGUGAUAGGCGAUGAUGUCAUUUCAUUUCUGGAAUCGACUGGAAAAGACUGAAGAAGCUGCCUCAUGUUGGUAUAGUCCAGAUGCAAAAUGGGUUUUUAUAUUCAACUGUGCAACUUUCAAAUGUAUGGGAGUCAAAAUAGUCCACUACAAUUGAAGAAAAGUUACGCGCUGUUUCGAAACCAAAGCAACUGCACCAUUGGGAUUAGAAAUAAUCUCAACGAAGGACGAAGACUCCAGAUCAACAUCGUCUUUCAAUUCUCCUGUU